AUGACCUUUCAAGAUCCCUUCCAGCUCUAUGAGAGAGGCAGGCACCUUUCCCGAGCACUAAAACUAUCCGGUCGUGGCGAGGGCAGAAAGGGGCUGGGUAAGGGAGGUGUUAAGAGGCACCGCAAGGUCUUACGUGACAACAUCCAGGGCAUUACGAAGCCUGCGAUCCGCCGCUUGGCUCGCCGCGGCGGCAUGAAGCACAUCUCGGGGCUGAUCUAUGAAGAGACCCGUGGGGUGCUGAAGGUUUUCCUGGAGAACGUGAUCCGCGAUGCGGUGACCUACGCCAAGCGGAAGACGGUGAUGGCGAUGGAUGUGGUGUACGCCCUGAAACGCCAGGGGCGCACCCUGUACGGCUUCGGGGACUGA